AACAGUAACUUCUAUAAACCCACCCUCUCCACCAAAAUUAGGGCAGGAAAAAGUAAUCGUUUAUUUGGAGGAAACUUGUCUGUAUCUCUCUACUGCAGCAGCUAGAUCUAAUUGCAAUCAUGGCGGACGAAGAAAAUCGAAAUGAGGUGAAGGAGGAGAUUAAAGAUGAUGUCGGAGAUAUAGCUCCGUUUGAUCCAACAAAAAAGAAGAAAAAGAAGAAGCCAGUGGCUCAAGAUCUAGCUGAAGAGGAGUCUGUUGAUACUUUAGCUGAGAAAGUUGAGAGCGUAUCUGUUUCGGAUGGUCUUGAAACUUCAUUUGCUGGUCUCAAGAAGAAAAAGAAGAAAGCAGCACAUACUGAUCUUCUGAGUGAAGAAAAAGAGAAUGUGGGGGAAGAAUUGGACGAUGUCAUUGGAGAGGAUGAGGAAGGAGAAGGAAUUGUAUUACAACAAUAUCCGUGGGAAGGAACUGAUAGGGAUUAUAUAUAUGAGGAGCUUCUUGGGCGAGUAUUCAACAUACUCCGUGAAAACAACCCUGAGCUUGCUGGAGAUCGGCGUAGAACAGUUAUGAGACCUCCUCAAGUGCUUCGUGAAGGCACAAAGAAGACUGUUUUCGUGAAUUUCAUGGAUCUCUGCAAAACAAUGCAUAGGCAACCCGAGCAUGUUAUGACUUUCUUGCUGGCUGAAAUGGGAACAAGUGGGUCUCUGGAUGGACAACAAAGAUUGGUGGUCAAAGGGCGAUUUGCUCCCAAGAACUUUGAGGGAAUUCUGCGACGAUAUAUUAAUGAGUAUGUCAUAUGCAAUGGAUGCAAAAGUCCAGAUACCAUCCUCUCAAAGGAGAACCGUCUAUUCUUUCUUAGAUGUGAAAAGUGUGGUUCUGGAAGAUCAGUUGCUCCGAUCAAGGCUGGAUUCGUUGCUCGUGUUGGCCGCCGUAAAGCUGGAACUUAAAAUCAUAUUUCCAAUAGCUUGUAGCUGCUUUGUUCUUUUUCUCUUACUAGUUUGUUGUAUACUUGUGUGAAGUGCCUAAUUUAUAUUUGUUUUUUUUUUUUAUUUAUUUUACUUAUUUUUCUAAUAAGCCACACGUAUUGAUGUUGACUUAUCUUGAAGAGGGUUACCCAGUUUUGGUUCAAAUUUAGUAUUUACUAUAUUUGUUAUUGAU